CUCACCUCACCCGCCCUGCCGCCGUCUCGCCGUCUCUUCACCAUCGCUCCCGCCCAUGCUCCAUCUCCUCCCCGUCUCCAGCCUGCCCUACAGGCUCACGCCUCCAUCAUAGACGCCUCCCACAACACACAAUGCCGCGUCGCCGGCCGCCUGGCGCUGGCCCCGGCUUGAGCACCACCCUCAUUGCCAUACUUCUGGUCCUACCAUGGAUCUCCGCGGCCGCUCAGCAGCAGCAACCGCCGGAAAGCGGGUCUCCCCGCGCGGAGGCCCACGCCGACACCAACACCAUCAUCCCACCGAAGCAUGGAAAGCCUAGUUAUGGAAGGCUGGAACACGCCGCACAGCGUGACCCGUACAAGCCGAUCCUCGCCCAGAACGAGCGCGCCGUAGCAACAACAGUCUCCUCUGCUCCAGCGGUCUCCGCUGUCAGAGCCCCUCCUGUCAGGAACGCUGCCUCCACUACCGAUGGCCUCACGCGGCCGAGUGCGCGGUCCCUCCAGGAUUGGGAAGUUGAGGACUUUGUUCUCCUGGCGACCGUCGACGGCCGCAUCCACGCACGAGACAGAUACAAUGGGGACGAGAUCUGGGAGCUUGACAUUGGCAAGCCCAUGUUAGAGACCAGCUACAACAGCAAGAACGACUCGGAGGGCGACAACUACAAUAUGCAGAACAAGCCCUUCAUCUGGAUUGUAGAGCCGAAAGAGGACGGAGCCCUGUACAUACUCACUCCAGGGCCGUAUCCCGUCCUUCAGAGCCUUGGCAUGACCGUCAAGCAGCUGGCCGAAGAGCUGUCACCCUACUCAAGCGACGACACGCCCAUCGUCUACACGGCGGAGAAGAGGAACCUCUUACUUGUCGUGGAUGCCAAGUCUGGCAAAAUCACAAAGAGCUUCAGUCCCAGCGGCUCCAUGAGCAUCGACUCCGCCGAGAGCUGCGUGACACACCCCGCUGAUUUCUUCCACCCUCUCGAGCGCGAAUGCAAGGGAAUAAUCAACCUGGGCCAGACUGAGUAUACCAUCAGCAUCCACAACAAGGUCACCAGCGAACUCAUAUGCACCAUCAAGUAUUCUGAAUGGACACCCAACAAUCGGGACCGCGAUCUGCAGGCUCAGUACCUGGCACCCAUGGACAACCAAUACAUAUAUAGCAGGUACGAUGGCCACGCAAUUGCCUACGAUCACAAGCGGCCGAAGUGGUCGAAACGACCCGUAUUCGAAAGGAAGUUGUCCUACCCGGUGGCACGAGUAUUUGACGUUGCGAGGACGCGUGACGACGACAAUCCAGAGCCCGCUCUCGUUCUUCUUCCGCAGCCUCCCGGGCCUGCCUUCCUCGAAGACAAGGCGAAGAACGUUUGGCUGAACACUACGGACACGGGGAGUUGGUAUGCGUUAUCUGAGGUCAACUAUCCUAUCGUGACCGACAGCGCGCCUCAGGCGCCAUGCUACACGCACCAUGAGAUCGUUAGCUGGGACGGACCGCAUCACCUUCCACCCCGCCAGGGACUGGUUGGAGUGCAUGUGCUUGACCGUAGGAUGGAGCCUCCUCCAUCCUUUCGGGCAAUCGCUGCACCGACGUACAGCAACAACGCCGACAACGUGGUCCCUAUUCCUCCAGAGCUCCCUCCGAAAGAACGGCUUGGCGAGCCACCAUUGACAGUAAUGGAGCCACCACGCCAAAUGAAUUGGUGGUAUCUAUUACUCACUGUGUUUCUCGCCGUUACCAUCUCCGCCGGCGUCAAGUUUGGACCCCCGCCUCAACUUAGUUCGGCGACAAACUUUGUUUCGGGUUUCACCAAACCGCGGAGAUUGGAGGCGCCUAUGAAUGCCGUUUCUGCUGCUUCUGAGCCGGACCGUUCGCUGGUGGAAGAGAAACUUGUAGAACCCGCGGAACUUGUUGAGCCCGCUGAACCACUUGCGCACGAAGCUAAGGCUGCCGGGGAUCCUCCUGAGAAAAUACAAGAGGAGCAAUCUAUCGUACCGGAGCCGAAAGAGAAGAAAGUGACAUUUGAUAUCCCAGAUGACGAAGAAGAGGAAGACGACUUCGUGCCGCUUUCCAGGACAACCACCACGGAAGAGGCAUCACCCCUCGAAAAUGAAGAGACCAAUGGCACGUCCAUGGCAGUGGAAGACACAGCACCGGGUGUCAAUAGCGUCGAAGGUGUCCCUCAAGACUCGACGAUGGCAUCAGCUGCUCCAACCAAGAAGAAAAAGACACAUAGAGGAAAGCGCGGCGGACAAAAAGGCAAGAACAAGAAGCCAAAGGAUAGUGAUGAGGUUGACCAGAUCGUGGAUGCUGCUAAGCAGCUAAAUCAGGCGCCUACACUUCAUCCUGACGAGAUGACUAUCAAUGGCGAUGACAUGCAGGAUGUUUCCAAUAUCAAGCGAAUUGGCAAGCUCACCAUUGACUUUGACCACGUACUUGGGAAUGGCAGUGGUGGUACCUUUGUCUUUGAGGGCAAGUGGAACGAUCGCGACGUUGCCGUGAAGCGGAUGCUGCCCCAAUACUUUGGUCUCGCGGAGCAAGAGGUGAAGCUCCUCCAAGAGAGCGAUCUCCACCCCAAUGUCAUCCGAUACUUUGAUGAUGAGAAGGAUGAGAACUUCCUUUACAUUGCGGUUGAACUUUGUCAAGCCAGCCUUUUCGACCUCUAUCGGGAUGGCCGACCAUGCGACGAUAUGACGGAGAUCCAGCUGCGUCUGGUCAACGAGAUCAAUAGCGAUGUCCCUCGAGCUCUACAUCAGCUCGCCGAAGGUGUCAAUCAUCUACACAGCUUGAGGAUUAUUCAUCGGGACAUUAAGCCACAGAACAUUCUCAUCGCGUACCCACAGCGGAACCAGAAGAACGGACCUCGUCUGGUUAUUUCCGAUUUUGGGCUGUGUAAGACACUUCCCGACAACAUGAGCACACUCAUCGGAACUACUGGGAACGCCGGCACCGUCGGCUGGAAGGCGCCGGAGCUCAUUCUUCAACCGAAGGACAUGGACAGAGGCAGUUCAACUGGUCAUUCGCGCGAUUCCUCAAGCUCAAGCGAUCCAGUGGCACAGGGUGUUAAGCGAGCCGUUGACAUUUUCUCACUGGGCUGUGUGUUCUUCUACGUCCUCACCAAUGGAUCACAUCCUUUUGAUGACGACGAAGGCUGGAUGCAAAUUCGCGAACUCAACAUCAAGAAGAACAAGGCCAAUUUCAAGCAGCUUAGCCUUGGCGACGAUUCUGAGGAGCCGAUCCACCUGAUCUCCUGGAUGUUGGCGAAUCGACCCGAGGAGCGCCCAACAGCCGCCCAAGUGAUGAAUCAUCCUUUCUUCUGGGCAGCAGACAAACGCCUUAGUUUUCUCUGCGAUUGUUCCGACCACUGGGAACGCGAGCCACGCGAUCCUCCCUCAGACCAUCUCUCCAUCCUCGAAAAUUACAGCUACGUCGUCCUGGAUAAGAAACGAAACUUCCUCGCCAAACUCGACCACGGCUUCAUUGCUUCUCUGGGCAAGCAGCGCAAGUACACGGGAGACCGCAUGUUAGAUCUUCUUCGUGCGUUGAGGAACAAGAAGAACCAUUAUGAGGAUAUGGACGAGAGCGUGAAGGCUAAGGUUGGCCCGCUUCCGCAUGGGUAUCUGAGAUAUUGGACGACGAAGUUUCCGAAGCUGCUAAUAAGCUGCUAUGAUUGUGUGAUGCACUGCGAACUGCAAGGGGAGCCGAGGUUUAGAAAGUAUUUUGAGGAGAUAAAGGGCUAGGGCUGGCGACGCUAGCGGCAUUCGUCUGUGAAGGAUCUGAACGGUUGAUAUCGUAUCAUUGUAGUCGGUAGCAUAGCAAGCGGCGCAGUGGGAGUAUCGAGCGGCGUUGAAUGAGAUUGAUUACUCUAUAUUGCA